CUAGGUCGAUGCUCAGCCGCUGAGCCACGCCCGGCCAGACUGGAAAAUAAAUCUUAAAUGUGUUGAACAACCUGACUCUUGACUAGCUAUGUGGCCUCAGGCACUAAUCUCUGUGUGCCUCACUUUUCCCACCUGUAAAAUGGGUGUGAUGCUUACCUUGCUGGGUUAAUGUGUGAUUUCCGUGUCUGACACCCCCUGGGGGGUGUUAACACAUGGUAGAAGUAUACCAUAGGUGCUCAGAAAUGUUUGUGUCUAACAGGCCUGAGUUGGAAAACAGGUGUGUUCUGACCAGUCAAGGGGAAGUGGGACCUUCAAGGAUGGCCUCACAGGUCAUUGGCUGGAAGGUGGCAAGCCUGCGGUAAACGUGUGCUGGGCAGGGUACAGGAAGCUCCAGGAGUGAGUGGAACUGACUUGAGAAGCACUAGGGCACUGCUGCGGCCACUCCUGGGGCCCUGGAUGCCAGGUGCAGGUUCCUGCUUGUGAAUCUUGGCUGCUUUGCUUUUGUUACCCCUGAACUCCCCUGAAGAGCUGCCAGUGAAAUGCAAGUGGCUGGAGCUGGACUGUGGGGUCUUCCUGGGAGUCAGGGCCACCUCACCACUGUGCAGCUGUGCAAACCUCUUGUCCCCAUCUUUGCUUUUCUCACCCAUUCCCAGAGGCUAACACUGCCCUCCACUGGGACCUGAAAAAUGGCUUCUGGGCAAGGACCAGGCCCUCCCCGGCAGGGAUGUGAAGAGCCUGCCCAGUCCUCUACUUCGGAGGAGCAGGUAGCCCAGGACACUGAGGAGGUUUUCCGCAGCUACGUUUUUUACCGCCAUCAGCAGGAGCUGGAAGCUGAAGGGGCGGCUGCCCCUGCUGACCCAGAGAUGGUCGCCUUGUCCCUAGAACCUGCCAGCACCAUGGCACAGGUGGGCCAGCGGCUCGCCAUCAUUGGGGAUGCCAUCAACCAGCGCUAUGACGAGGAGUUCCAGACCAUGUUGCAGCACCUGCAGCCAACUGCCGAGAAUGCCUACGAGUAUUUCACCAAGAUCGCCUCCAGCCUGUUUGAGAGCGGCAUCAACUGGGGCCGGGUGGUGGCUCUCCUGGGCUUCGGCUACCGCCUGGCCCUGUACGUCUACCAGCACGGCCUGACCGGCUUCCUGGGCCAGGUGACCCGCUUCGUGGUCGACUUUAUGCUGCAUCACUGCAUUGCCCGGUGGAUUGCACAGAGGGGCGGCUGGGUGGCAGCCCUGGACCUGGGCAACGGCCCCAUCCGGAAUGUGCUGAUAGUUCUGGCUGUGGUUCUGUUGGGCCAGCUUGUGGUACGAAAAUUCUUCAAGUCAUGACCCCAGGAGGGGCCCUUUGGGGUACCAGCUGAGACCCCUGCCUGGACUUCCGCAAAGCCUUCUUCCCUCGUCCCCUCCCCUGCAGGGCUCCCCCCUCAAGAGUACAGAAGCUUUAGUAAGUGGGCACUCCAGCUUUGAAGGGCCCCCGCCUGGGGUCAGUCAGGCUGCAGGGGCACCACAACAUUGCAUGGUGCUAAUUGGCCCCGUCUCUGGGCUCAGCUCUGUCUGCAAGGCUUUGGGGAGAUUGAUAACUUGGGGAAGCAAGAAGCUGGGAGGCACUUUUCCCCAAGAAGUUUUUAACGGUUUUAGCUUUUUAUAAUACCCUUAGGAGGACACCCCCCUCAUUCCCACCACUCUGCCCCAAGCCAGGACAUCUGGGGUCUGGGGGUUAGUAGGCCUACCCUGUGUUCCCCAGGAUCAGCUGUUUGGAACAUAAGAGCUUGAGAGCUGGGCCUGGAGCCCAGUCUUGGCCCUUCCAAAGCAUCAUGUCACCUGAACAGGACUGUCUGGGGUUGGGGGACAAGGACCUACUCAGCUGUCCCCCACCCACCCAUAUUACCUUGGCAAGUGGACUCUCAGGGAUAUAGGGUGUGAGGUGAGGGACCACCAGGUCCCUCCAGAGCUGCCUCCUGAGGUCCUCAGUUCUCUCCCUUCCCCUCACCACUUGCUCCCCAUGCCUUCAUUACUUGUGAGGGCCGCCUGCCCUCCUCACUCCAUAUAAGUAGGGAAGAGGCCUUGGGCGAGUGGAGUACUGAGGACUCCUCCUUGCGCAGACUAUAGGGUUUAGGACUGGUUUGUUAUUGUCAGGGAAAGGGGGUAGGGCACUAAUCUUGAGGUUUCUGAGAGGGCUAUUAACAUCACUAGAAACCCCAAGGUUGGGAUCCUCCCUCAUGGCCUGGGCACAGUGUAAUCUGGGGGUGUGGAGGGGCAACUGUGAAUAAAUACUUGAAUUCUACCCCAAAA